GUGAAAAGACCAUUCUACCCUCAGUUCUUCUCCUUAUUUCCAUCCGAAUACCCCUUCAGAUUCCCCCAUACCCAACCGUCAAAAGAUCCUCUUCUUCUCUUCUUCCCCGCCAUUGCUAGCUCCCAUCCUCGAGCUCAAGGUUCUUGGAUGGGGAUCGAGUGAUGGAUGAUGGGAUGGAAGAGGGGGAGGGCGAGAGUUCCUCUCCGCCCAAGGGUUUUGGUGGUCAUGCUGCCCACGAUGUCCAUGAUAUUAAGGAUGAGAUCUUCUUCAAACUCGUGGAAAUGGGGCAUGAAGAGGUUGCCUCCAAUCCUGACCUCAGAGAUCAUCUUGACGCCCAUUUCAACCGGCUGCCGCCGAGUUAUCAGUUGGAUGUGAAUCUUGAUAAAGCUGAAGAUGUGUUGUUGCAUCGAAGGAUUCUAACAGAGGCUAAAGACCCGGAUAAGCGCCCGGUGUUCCAUGUUCGUUUCAUGAAGCUUGAUGACUCAAAUCUGGACCCAAGAAAGAGCGCAGAAGAAAUUGAAGAUGGAAGCUAUCUCACAGAGGCUCUUUCCGUUAGACGGGACAGCAUAUACAUCCCAAUCCAUGAGAUAAUAUUUUCUACUCUCGACAAGCCAAAGCUUCUUAGCCAGUUAUCUGCCCUGCUGUCUGAUCUUGGGCUGAACAUCCGUGAAGCUCAUGUAUUUUCAACAACUGAUGGCUAUUCCUUGGAUGUGUUUGUUGUCGACGGAUGGCCUGUUGAGGAUGCAGAUGGUUUGCAAAAGGAAAUUGAGAUUGCAAUUGUUAACUAUGAGGGGUCUUUGUGUGGCUCAACUCAUUCAUCUGGCACAGAGAAGAUACUAGCAGUGCAACCAAAAAUUGGUGAAUGGGAAAUUGAUAGAAGGUUGUUGAAAAUGGGAGAGAAUAUCGCAUCUGGAUCUAGUGGAGAUUUGUUUCGUGGAAGUUACAUGGGCGAGGAGGUUGCUAUAAAAGUUCUUAGAUCUGAGCAUCUUAAUGAGGCCAUCAGGGUGGAGUUUGCUCAAGAAAUAUUGAUCUUAAGUGAAGUACAGCACAGGAAUGUUGUUCGUUUUAUUGGGGCCUCUGCAAAGCCUCCACAAUUUUGUAUAGUAACAGAAUACAUGUCUGGAGGAAGUCUACAUGAUUUUUUGCACAAGGUUAACAAUGUUCUGGAGCUCCCUUUGAUACUUAAGUUUGCACUUGAUGUUUGCCAAGGGAUGAAUUAUUUGCACCAAAACAACAUUAUUCAUAGAGAUUUGAAGACCGCUAACCUGCUGAUGGACAAAAACCAUGUUGUGAAAGUGGCAGACUUUGGUGUAGCGCGGUUCCAAAAUGAGCAGGGGAUCAUGACAGCAGAAACCGGAACAUACAGAUGGAUGGCACCUGAGAUUAUUAAUCAUCUGCCAUACGAUCAGAAAGCUGAUGUGUUUAGUUUUGCGAUUGUCCUCUGGGAGUUAACGACAUCAAAGAUCCCAUAUGAAGAUUUGACACCCUUACAAGCUGCUCUGGGAGUGAGACAGGGAGUGCGCCCAGAACUUUCGGAGAAUGCACAUCCAGUGCUGGUAGACUUGAUGAAGAGAUGUUGGGAGGCAGAUCCAGUGAAACGACCCAGCUUUGCAGAGAUAAUUGUUGAACUCGAGGAACUUCUGAAACAGGUGACUGAGGAAAGAGGUCAAGUUGAGCGAAAUGAAGCGGAGGAACUGUAGCAAUAACUUGUCCAUAGACUCACCAAGGAUAUUGAAUUGUGCAUUAUUGGCUAAGAUUACUAGCGAUGGAUUUUUAGCUGUUGAAUGUGUCAUUGUAUCAAUUUUUUCCAUUUUUGGUCUUUGGAUAUUGUAAAAGUUGCAAUGUGUUGGUCAAGCAGAGCUUGUAAAAGUUGCAAUCUGUUGGUCAAGCAGAGCAAAGGGAAAGGAUAGAAAUUCAAGGAGUAUACCGAUGCCAAGAGGUAUAAAAGAUGUUGAUGGGUGGUACACUACACUGUAAAAUUUCCCUUUGGCUUAGAAAGAGAUUUCCUCCCAGAAUUAUGUUGCACAUUCAUCAUAUGCUGUUCUUCUGAUAUUGUAAAUUGGUUGCAUUUUCUACCAACAGCCUCUUGUUCUCAUUUGUUUU